AUGCGACUCGGACUCCAGCUGCAUCCGUUCGCCUUAGCAACAGGCCGAGGCAGAUGCGGCAACAACUCAACCGAUUGGCAAAAUGGACGACGUCGGGCUGGCCGUCUCGCAUCGAAAGCGCCAGAGCGAGGCGAAGGGAGUGACAGAAAAACAGCCGCCUGCUCGAAUCUCAACUCGGGCCCGCAGUCACUGACCGGCGCAAUCUCCGACCCAGCCAAUAAUCCCUUUGGCCCAGAUAUCCUUUCUCCCUUCUUUACUCUCUCUCUUUUCCAGCUUCUCUCUCUCUCUCUCGAGCUCGCCAGGUCAGGCCAGGUUAGGUUAGGUCGCGUGAACUGCCAUCAGCUCACCGGCUCCGGUGCCUUUUUCAACCAAAGCCGCUCCGUCACCACCCCUUCAACACAUCCGCGCACCCAUUUAGUCCGCGUGGUCUCCAGUUGA